ACCAUAGCCCACCAAAAAAAAAAAAGAAAUAAAAAAAAAAAACUACGCACUCUAUAAAUCUCCGUCGCCAUAACCCGUAACAAAAUCAACCAUUUUUGGGGGAUUUUUUUUUUUAAUUUUUUUUUAAUUUUUUGGUUUUUCCCGUUAAGCUUUGCAAAAUUAUUAAGAACGAAAAAAAGGAACAGACCCACUUUUUAUUUGUUUAUGUAAUUUAUUAGGAUUUUUUUUUUCGACCAAUUUAGAGUGUCAGCAAAAACAAACAAAAAAAAAAAAAAAGCAGAGAUUUUCAAUUUUCAUCUCUCUGUUUUGGUAUUAAUUGGGUUUUUGAAGAAGACCCAUAUAUUUAAUAUUCUAAAGCAACCAAAAAAAAAAAAAAAAUUGAUGGGCUUUUUUGCCUCUCCGAAAAUGGAGCUUCACGGAUCAGCGGUGAGACUCUUUCUAGGGUUUUUGUUGUUGUUGUUGUUGCUGUUGACUCCGUUGUCGAAUGCGAGAUUUGUAGUGGAGAAGAACAACUUGAGGGUGACAUCCCCAGAGAAAAUCAGAGGCACCCAUGACAGCGCCAUUGGCAACUUUGGGAUACCUCAGUAUGGAGGUAGCAUGGCUGGAGCUGUGGUGUACCCCAAAGAGAAUCAGAAGGGCUGCAAGGAAUUCACUGACUUUGGAAUUUCUUUCAAAUCCAAGCCCGGUGCUCUCCCUACCUUCGUUUUGGUCGAUCGCGGAGAUUGCUUUUUUGCUCUGAAGGUCUGGAAUGCCCAGAAGGCGGGGGCUUCUGCAGUUCUUGUUGCUGAUGACAUUGAGGAACCACUCAUAACAAUGGACUCACCUGAAGAAGAUGGUUCAACCGCCAAAUACAUUGAGAAUAUCACAAUUCCAUCAGCACUCAUUGAUAAAAGUUUCGGUGAAACACUAAAGAAAGCUAUCAGUUCUGGGGAUAUGGUCAAUGUGAAUCUUGACUGGAGAGAAUCUGUCCCCCACCCAGAUGAUCGUGUGGAAUAUGAACUAUGGACCAACAGUAAUGAUGAAUGUGGUGUUAAGUGUGACAUGUUGAUGGAAUUUGUGAAAGAUUUUAAGGGUGCAGCUCAGAUUCUUGAGAAAGGUGGUUACACUCAAUUCACACCUCAUUACAUAACUUGGUAUUGUCCCCAAGCAUUUACCUUGAGCAAGCAAUGCAAGUCCCAGUGUAUCAAUCAUGGAAGAUACUGUGCUCCUGAUCCUGAACAGGACUUCAGUUCCGGUUAUGAAGGGAAAGAUGUGGUUUUAGAAAACUUAAGGCAGCUAUGUGUUUUUAAAGUGGCAAAUGAGACCAAAAAGGCUUGGAUCUGGUGGGACUAUGUGACUGAUUUUCAAAUUAGAUGUCCUAUGAAGGAUAAAAAAUACAACAAGGAAUGCGCUGAUGCUGUCAUUCAAUCUCUUGGGCUUGAUGCCAAAAAGAUUGACAAGUGCAUGGGCGACCCUAAUGCAGACUCCGAAAACCCUGUUCUGAAAGAAGAGCAAGAUGCACAAGUUGGGAAAGGAUCAAGAGGUGACGUAACCAUAUUGCCUACCCUUGUUGUCAACAAUCGACAAUACCGAGGAAAGUUGGAGAAAGGUGCUGUCCUGAAGGCCAUCUGUUCUGGUUUUGAAGAAACUACAGAGCCAGCAGUUUGUUUAAGUGGUGAUGUGGAGACAAAUGAAUGCUUGGAUAAUAAUGGAGGUUGCUGGCGAGAUAAACGGGCCAAUAUUACUGCAUGCAAGGAUACAUUCCGUGGGAGAGUAUGUGAGUGCCCUUUGGUUGAUGGAGUGAAAUUCAAGGGAGAUGGUUAUACUACCUGUGAAGCAAGUGGACCUGGAAGGUGCAAGAUAAAUAAUGGAGGCUGUUGGCAUGAAGCCCGAGAUGGGCAUGCAUUCUCUGCUUGUACAGAUGAUGGGGAGGUCAAAUGCCGUUGUCCAACUGGCUUUAAAGGUGAUGGAGUCAACAGUUGUGUAGAUAUUGAUGAAUGCAAAGAGAGGAAAGCCUGUCAGUGUCCUGAGUGCAGCUGCAAAAACAAGUGGGGGAGCUAUGACUGCAGUUGUAGUGGGGAUCUAUUGUAUAUCAGGGACCAUGAUACCUGCAUAAGUAAGACUGCAAGGGAGCCAAAAUCUGCUUGGGCUGCUGUUUGGGUCAUUAUAAUUGGGUUGGCUAUGGCUGGUGGAGGGGCCUAUCUUGUGUACAAAUACAGAUUAAGGUCAUACAUGGAUUCUGAAAUCAGAGCCAUAAUGGCGCAGUAUAUGCCUCUGGACAGUCAAGCAGAAGUUCCAAAUCAUGUUGAUAAUGAGCAUGAGCGUGCAUGAAAAAAGGUCGUCCAUCAAUAGUCUCUGAUGAAUUUUAUAUGGCGAAGCAUGGAUGUGUAUGUUGAUACGCCUUUUCUUCAUCCGGUCACUGAAUUUUUGGGGUGUAAACAUAUAAAUUUCUGUAACAUAUGUUGGACAAUAAGUUAAUGCAAAUUUGGAAAUGCCCGCUUGUUUGUUAGGACUUUUAACGUGCUGACAGUUUGAAACUUGAAAGGAAGGAAUUGAUUUGGGGGCAGAUAUUUGGCUGUAGCUUCUUACGAUUUCGUUCUAUGAAACUUGUUCUUGAUAUAAAAUCCAACAAUGUAAUUUUACUCCAGGUUAGGACAGGUUAAAACUUAAUGUAACAAUUAUCUUUUACUGAAGAGUAGCAUUUUCGUUUUUCUAAUGAAGAAGUAUUUGUUUAGUUUA